AAUGACUGCCAUGCCAAAGUUCCUGUUUGGGUUCUCUGGCACCUGAGACCACCAUUGCCCUUGUUAGUAAGAGUACACCUUAUCUCAGAUCUGACACUGCUGGUCUGAAGUACACAGUGUUCCCAUGCACUACUGCUGCUCCUCUACACAUUGCCUCUGGCACAUCUUUCCUCUCUGUCCACUGCUUCUUGGCGGUAUAUAUGUUAUGCACAAAUGUUGUUAUGUUGAAAGACAGGAUUUAUAUAAGUGGUGAUGUCUGCUACAUGUGUAAUGAUUCGGCUAAUUUUUACAGCUCCUGCAUCAGCCUAUGCUGAGUGUAUUUUUAGUCUUGUAGUUUCGCAUUUUUAUGCACAGUGAUGGUACGUGCAUGUGACUCACUAUUGGUUAAAAAGCCAAACUCCUGUGUAUUAUAAUAUUAAAGAACACUCAUUGAUAAUUCUUAUUGUGUUUUUAUCUCAACAGCUACUUCCAUACCGACCUUUGUAAUUGGAGUAGAAAAGUUCCGCAAUGGCCGGAAUAGAAUCGUCAUUGACAUCACUCAUUCCCAGUAUGGAACUGCUAGUAUCUCUAUGGACAUUCCUAACCUCAAUAUACCAGUUACCCCUCCCCCUCCACCUUGCCGGGUGUCAUGCAGCUAUAGAGGCGUCCCGGGAGCUUUAGAGUUUGUGUGUAGUGUUAUUGAAGGAGAUGGAAGCAUCUCAUCAGUUCAGUACUCUCUCAAUGGAUACUCAACAUCUGACCUGCAAGCAACAUUCCAAAUUCCCAACAGUCAAUUUGUAAACGGGAACAAUGACAUCACCCUGACCUUUAACACUGUGUGCAACGGCCAAAACGAGGUCCUUGAGCACAGGUUCUCCCUCUCACUCAACCUCCCACCACCACCCGCGUUCAGAAUUACCAAUCUCCGGGUCUCUUCUUCCUCGGGACUCAGACAGGGGGAUGUUGAAAUUAGCUACUCUAGAGCAGCGGACGUUGUGACCUUCACUGUCAUUAUUCUUGAUCAGGCCGCAACUCUUUAUGGCUACACUCUUAAUGGAGGAACUGAGACACACAGUGUUGGUGCGUCUUUUUCACUGCACAAGAAUGUACUCAGUCGAAGGAGCUAACACUCUAGAGCUCACAGUGUACUAUGGACUCACUGUGUCACAGGCUGAUUUCACCUUCACUUUUGACAUUCAGAAAUGAUGAUUGUUAGAUGCCCUUUAUUCUUUUUUAAUUGUGUCAUGCUUUUUUCAACUUUUCUUCUUUAUCUUUUAGUAAUGUUUUAUGCGAUGUGUUAGUAUUGCAACUGUCUGCAGA